UGAGAGUCCAUGCGCCGGAAAGUAGGUUAGCAGGGUAGACUGAGAGGAAGGCAGAGCUAACGCAGAGCUAGAGAGAGAGGGAGUCCGCGGCGACUAGCCACCUUAGCGCUCAGUGCAGGUACGCGAACCAGUUCGCUGCAACAACGCUAACAAAAGUGCUUUUGCAGGGCACCGAGCUCCGAGGGAAUACCUGGAACAACUCUGAGGAUUUUUUUUCUCGUCCUUCAUUGUUUUCCGUUUUCGAUAAUGCUCCCCGCCGGAGCCGAAAGCUUAUUUUUAGCUAGCUGUCUCAAGCUAGCCACUUAGCUUAAGCCCAACCAACUUCUUUCUCGUUUAACUCGCCGCGCGGUGACACAUCGAGGACUUCCGAAAACCCCGAAGACGGCUUAAAAAUGCGAGCUCAAAUAGAAGUGAUUCCGUGUAAGAUCUGUGGGGACAAGUCCUCUGGGAUCCAUUAUGGUGUUAUCACCUGUGAAGGCUGCAAGGGAUUUUUUCGCCGGAGCCAGCAGAACAAUGCCAUGUACUCGUGCUCUCGACAGAGGAACUGCCUCAUUGACCGCACAAACCGCAACCGCUGCCAGCACUGCCGGUUGCAGAAGUGCCUGGCACUGGGCAUGAGCCGAGACGCGGUGAAGUUCGGCCGCAUGUCUAAGAAGCAGCGCGACAGCCUGUACGCGGAGGUGCAGCGUCACCAGCAGCUGUCUCAGGACUGCCUGUCUGGCCUUGGCGGGGGUCUGACCCGUGAGCACGAGGAAGCGGGUGAGGACAGUGGUCACAGCCGCUCGUACAGCAGUGGGGGCUCCAGCGCCGCCCUCAGCGACCUGGACGACAUCGCUACCCUUCCCGACGGCCUUCUUUUUGACUUGCCACUCACUCCAGGCGAGGCGGGCGAGUAUUGCGGCUUAGAGCCGUUUGAUAGCGGAGCAGGGGGCGGGGCAGGUAGCGCAGGGAGCGGCAGCUCAUCCACUCAGAGCUCUCCGGAGCCCAGCGUCCUGGACAUUGCUGAAGCAGGAAGAGUGAAGCACGAGUAUCAGCUACUGCCUGAGCCCAGCCUCCUCACACAUACGCUGCUGGGAGCGCUGCCUGAUGACUGCUCCCUUCUUGAUAUAGAGCGAAUCACCCAGAAUGUGGUGAAGUCUCACGUGGAGACAUGUCAGUACAGCACAGAGGAGCUGAAACGACACACCUGGAACCUGUACACACCUGAGGAGACCCGCUCCUUCCAGCUCAAGUCUGCUGAGUGGAUGUGGCAGCAGUGCGCCCUGCACAUCACUAACGCCAUCCAGUACGUGGUGGAGUUUGCCAAGCGCAUCAACGGCUUCAUGGACCUCUGCCAGAAUGACCAGAUUAUCCUCCUCAAAGCAGGCUGCUUGGAGGUCCUGCUGAUCCGCAUGUGUCGUGCAUAUAACUCCGCUAAUAACACUAUGUUUUUCAACGGCAAGUUCGCCAGUCCUCAACUCUUUAAAGCGCUAGGUUGUGAUGACCUGGUGAAUGCUGUGUUUGAGUUGGCCAAGAGCCUCUGUCGUUUGCAGCUGAGUGAGGAGGAGAUGGCGCUGUUCAGUGCCGCCAUCCUGCUAUCACCUGAUCGCCCAUGGUUAACAGAGAGCCAGCAGGUGCAGAAGCUGCAGGAGAAGGUUUAUCUGGCUCUGCAGCAUAGCUUGCACAUGUCAGGAGCAACCCCAGAGAAACUGGACAAGAUGGUGUCCAAGCUGCCCCAAAUGAAGUCCAUCUGCAACCUUCACAUCGACAAGCUGGAGUUUUUCCGCCUGGUUCACCCUGAAACGGCCUACAGCUUCCCUCCGCUCUACAGGGAAGUGUUCGGCAGCGAAAUCAACUUCCCUGACUCCACUGACUGUUAGAGAGAGCGAGGCAGAGUAGUUGGUGGGUGGAUGGAGAGGGUGAGAGAAAGAGAACCAGAUUCAGCGAGAAAGAGAGUGUAUUGGGGGAUAGUGUGAUGAAACAGAUGAAGAAAUAGGGAGAUAGUGGACGCCUGAGGUGUAAAGCUAUUUUUUAAUACAAAAAGGAAAAUAAAUAAGAAUCUGUAUAAAACCUCACCUGACCAGCAGCCCACAGACAAUCCAGCACCCUGUAUCAGUGAUCCAUGUAUACAGGAGCACUACUCCCACUAUUAUAGGGGCCAAGAAACAGCAUUACACCUCCCCACACAAACCCCCUGACAAUUAACAAGCAGCACACUCUCAAAACAUCUCAAGAAGUGCAUAGAUAAUCAGUGAGGAAGCACAUUUGCAUGACAACAGAUGAUCAGUUUGUCAUUUGCAAAAGGUGAAAUCUCUAUUAAGCCGUAAACUUUGUCUCAAAAGGCACUGGUUCUCAAUAUUGUCCUUAGGGACACCCUGUCAGUCUAUAUUUUUGUUCCAGUCUGGCUCCCAGUACACUAAACGGUGGUUUUCCAAAUGGUCCUGCUGUAGCACUGCCCUGCAGUUAUUGCUCUUGGACUCUCUGCUUAUUCUCUUUUUUCCAUAACUUAAAGGAAUUAUCCAGUAACUAGUAGAGCUCCACAGUAUAUUAUAAAAUAUUAUAAUAGCCUCAAUACUAACAUUGCUUAAAAGACCCAUAUCCUACAUUAUUCUUGUUUUUUUUUGUUUGUUUGUUUGUUUUUCAGUUGUAUUGAAAGAAGAAACAGUUAUAUUUCAUUUAACAUUACCAUUUAAACCUCUCUUUAUCCAUUAGAUUAAACAGGCUGUUUUUGUUAUUGUGCCUUUAAGACCGAUACAUGUUCUGAUUGGCCGCCCUGUAUUGUGGUACGCUAAAACACUCCUUUUAACUUUUAACAUGAAUGGGCUGCUGUGGAAUGAUUAGACAGUCCUAUUUAAAUGCAUUGGUUUUUGUGACAUCACAAAAAGAGUACAUUUAAAGUAUUAAUUGACAUAUGAACCAUUUGGACUGCCAAGUGAAGUGAAAGUUUCAUAAACUUUUUUUUAAAAAUACCACAUGAACUUUUAUGAUUUUCAUUGAAUGAGCCCUGAAGUCUGUAACAUGUAAAUGAGCAUCUAACCAAACCUGCUGCUUUAUCUUGACCAAUCACAGAAGGUCCAUAGAUAAUUUUGUAUGAAAGAAUGCAGGUCAGUCUUUCACCCUGUCAUAAUGAUGCAGCCCUUGUAACUGCUAUGAAACUAAUACAAGUUAUGUAGAGAGUGAAGAAUUCUCUAGAAAGUAUGGGCCGUGAGGCUCAUGGAGUCUAAAUAGGCUAGGAAGUUGAAUCAGGGCUGUCAAAGUAGAGAAAAUGCUGAAAUACUAAUUCAGGUGUUGGGAACCAGAACGGAACAAAAAUCUCCUCUGCCCUCUCCUCCACAGUUGCCCUUGGACAAAUUAUGAAUGUAUUUUUGCCCCAACAAUAGCACUUAGCCUUGGGGUGCGACCGAAUGUACGUACUGCACUUUGGUUCACCGACAGGCUUUUUUUUCUUUUCGAAAAAGAAACCCACAUGAGUUACAAAUGACAAUCCAUUAAGAAACCAUUUAGUGCCCGGAUCUUCAGCAGUACGAAGGGACCAACCUCCAAGUUCAAAAGAACUCCAUACAAACAUUUGUGCGCCAACCAGUAAUUGAAAAGAGAGCUUGUGUAGUUUUUAAUGCAGUGGCUUCCAACCCUGGUCCUGGAGUAGCACUGUCCUCCAUGCUGUAGUGUUUUACCUGGUCUAACACACCCACUUCAGCUUGUUAAUUUGCUGAUUAUUUGGGUCUGUUGGGUAUUUCACAAAGUAAGAUCUUUAGUUAGGUGCUGAAGCAGGUGUCUUAUUUGCUUCUAUUGUACAUGAGUUUUCUUUGUUUAGCACAGGGAAACAAGGCAAAACUAUUGGCAGUGGUAACUGACUGUAAAAUGCAGAUACAUCAGGUAGAGAUUGAAAAAAGAAAUUGAUAAAUGUUAUCAAAUGUUAUAAAAGUUAAGGGAUACAACAUAAAAUGUGCAUAAAUUACGGCACAUUUUGUCUAGUGUUUUAUUUUUUUCCAGUAUGGUAAAUUCAGCAAAAUGAAAAGUUGUUUUCUGAAAUUACUAGAAAUUAGCCGUAUUUAAGUUCCCUGUAGAGCAUAUGUUAACUCAUUUUUAUGAUUAGAAAAUCAACAAAACAUGUUCAAACUUUGUAGCUUUACUAAGAAAUCUUGCUUAGUGAAAUAAUCCCCCAUUUGUGUUGAAGCCAAGAAAACACUGAAAUGUGCGAGGCAGGUGAACACUCCAGCACCACAGUCAGGAAACACUCUCUAACGUGCAAUAAAAAUGUAGUACUGUCAGUUUGAUAUUUCCUCCAAGAAUCACUGACCUGGUAGAUACACCAAUAAGGUGGAGAACGUUUGUCCAACGAAUACUUCCUAGCACUUACACCACGUGUACAUGCUCACGUUCGCUCAGGCACUUGUUUUAGACAGUGUUUGGUGCUGCUCUUUUUUUUUUAUUUUGUUUUUAUUAUUAUUUUAAAUGCAAUGAGAAACCUCAGUCCCACAUCCCCUACCCCUGUUGAAUGCCACUUAAAGUAAGAACGAGAGAAAAGAAAUUUGUUCUUUUUAAUUUAUACAUACAUUUAUAGAUGACUAUUUUAAAUAGGAAUGUAUAUAAAUAUAUAUAGUGAAGAACAAGAGCGAGAAAUAUGGAGGGAGCAAGGAAAAGAGACAGAGCAGGUAAAGGAAAGAAUGGAGCACAUGGGAUUUGAAAUGAACCUCAAAGGUCAGCUAUGGGACUGGACAAACAAACCAGGAUGGUAAAAGCAAGCCGGUAAAGAACUUUUCCCAUGGAAGAACCGCCGCACCUUGCAAACAGGAGUCCAUCGUCCAGCUUUAUUGAACUCCUUAACCUGAGCUGAGCUGGACGACACCCAAGAGGACAUGGAGAGGAGAACGUUAUUGGGGAACCUGCACCAAAACCAGCUGGUGCUGGUGUGGGUCCCUCUGAUGCAUUGAUGAGCUUUUGAGGGGCAAAAGGAGACAUUGCUAUUUUUGAAUCAGUCUGGACUUUAAAAUAUAAAUGAGAGACGGAUGAAGAGCUGAUGCAUAAAACAUACUCAAAAGUGUGGACUUUCCGUAUGUCUCACAUGCAUACACACACACAAAAAAAAAAAAAAAAAAGCA